AUGACCAAAAAUAGCUUUGAUAGGUCCAUCGGUCCUAAAGAAGCGUUGAGGCUAUCGGAAUACAACUUUAAUGUCGAUGUUGCAGCCAUCAUAUCAGCUAUCGGGCGCAUCAAUGAUACCAAAUGGCCUCGACCUCUACAAUCUGAUCCAUCUCAAAGGGACCCUAACCAGAUGUGCAAAUAUCAUGACACUCACGGUUAUAGAAUGGAAGAUUAUCGACAGCUGAGAGAAGAAGUAGCCCGUUUAUUCAACAAUGGAAACCUUCGAGAAUUCUUGAAAGACCGAGCCAAGAACUACUUUAGGAACAAGGAUUCUAACAAACAGACAGAACAAGAGGAUACCGAACCUCAACACAUCAUAAAUAUGAUCAUCGGUGGAAUCGAUAUCCCACAGGGGCCGAUGUUGAAACGCACCAAAGUAUUCAUCUCUAGGGAGAAACGAAUUCGAUACUACAUACCAGAAGGAAUUUUAUCUUUUAGCGACGAGGAUAAGGAAGGGAUCGUACAGCCUCAUAAUGAUGCACUGGUAGCUCGGCUAACAUCAUUCGGUCGAGAGUCGUGA